UGAUACACAAGAUCUAGGGCUUGCUAUUGAUUGUACGGUUGGAUCCACCACGAUAACGGAACUAGAUCCAAAUCCAAAGGAUCUGAUCCCUCAUUUAGUCAACAGACGCGUUAUAAGCGAUACAACUUAAUAUUCCAUCGACCUCUUACAGACUAACCGUAAUAUAUCUUGAAGUUUUCUCUAGAAGUCUAAAUAUCUAAGUCUUCAAAAUGAGGUUCUUGAACUUUUUGGUGCUACACGUCUUUGUAGUCACUGCCUUGUCUAUCAAGAAAAGACUCAUUAUCGACACGGACCUCUUAUCAUUUGAUGAUGAUCCCUUGGCAAUUGGCUUAAGCGAUAUACUUCAGAACUGGGGACAGGUUGAACUAAUUGGAGUCAUGUCAAGCGUCAAUAGUCGAUAUGUUCCUCCAGCUAUCGAUGCGAUUAACACUUACUUCGGGUAUCCGCAGAUCCCAAUAGCGAUCCGGAAGCCUGUUGACAACUUGACAAGAGUACCAGAGUACCCAGAGUAUGGAGCCUACGUUACGGGGCUGACCUAUAACUUUACUGAAGAUGUGCGAGAUGGAACCAAUACCCCUGAUCCAGUUUCAUCAUACCGUUAUCUCCUCUCCACAUCAGCGGACGAUUCUAUUACUCUUGCUGUAAUCGGGUUCUUCGAUAAUGUGUUCAACCUCCUCAACUCCGGCCCCGACCAAAUAUCCCCAUAUACAGGGGCUGAACUACUCGCUUCUAAAGUACACGAACUCGUCGUACAAGCUAACGACGUGGGAUAUUCCUAUAACACGAACGCACAUAACGAAACUCUCGCUCAAAAAGUGUUAAACUGGUGGCCGGGAAAAUUGACAUUUGCCUGGGAUGGUGUUGGCGAAAACACCAUCCUCGGCCGCCGCAUUACCACUGAGCUAGACCCCACCAAGAAUCCGCUCGGAUACGCUCUGCGUACCAACAUCGGGUACGACCAGGAGCACCCGGUCUGGGACGUUGCGGCUAUUUACUACGCCGUAUGCGGGCUAGACGACGUAUUUAGAUGGAAGUACCCGCAUGGCGGCCGUGUAAACGUAAACGCGUCCGCUUUCGCUACCUGGGAGAACGGCACGGUUUCAUGUCCUGGGUUACAGAACUCGAUCGAUUUUAAGAUGCCUAAUACGACAUUUGCAGCUCGGUUAGAAAAUAUGCUGCUGUGGGAGCCCGGACAACAUGUGCCGUACUGGAGGACUUGGUGUAAAAACUAAGCCGAUAUAAGGGGUAUCUAAGUGUUUAUCAUUGGCAUCGCUACCAUAACAUAAUAUACUUAAAGCUAUUUUACUCCCCUCAUAUACCUACCAAGCACCUAUGGCAUAGAGAUAUCGUCAUCUUAAUCGCCAUUCGUACUAAUAAAGACGACUAGAACCGCCGUGAACCUACCAAUAAGUCAAAGCACCCUUACGGGGGCCACCCUAGUGGGGGCCACCUUAAAAACGUAACGCGUUUGCGAUGAGGUUUACAUACGAAUUAUUAUAUAAUUUUAUUAGUUUUUAGUCAAUUAAAAAAUAAAACUUAUUAUUUAAAUCC